AUGCGGUAUCUGUUUGGUGUUGUCUCCCUUGUGGCAGGGACGAACUUACUUUCAGAGGCAAAGGCCUCGAAAGCAUCAGUGACAUUCAUCUCCCCCGUGCAAAUCAGCCCUAGGAGUGCCCACAAUGUCAUCGUUGAGUAUUCUGGCGAUGUCGAUGGCGAGCUGACGAUUACUUACGGCUCGUGUGGUAAUGUAGCCAUCUCCGAUGCAAAGCAACGGCUUGGUACAACUCGUGUUGGCAACCAUCCUUUAUCCGCGCGUCAUAUAGACCAUGAGGACAGGCGGCCAACUAAGUUUGUUUGGUUGACACCUUCCGAGACGUCGGAUGGAUGUCUACACGCGUUCCUGGAUGAUGAGCUAGUCGGCCAAUCGGAAGAGCUCCGGACUUACGAUCAUGUGGCUCGCCGCAGCGAGAAGAAAACAUUUGCCGAUGUAGCUGGGGAUGAUAGCAUGUGGUUCGAUGGUGUGGCAUACUUGAAGCAGAAACAGCCUGACGAGGCCUUUGUCGCUGCGGCCAAGAAUAAAUCUUUCGGUAUUCUUGGUGGUGGAAUAUCAGGGCUCGCAUCCUCUUUGAUGCUAGACUCGGUUGGCAUUCAUAAUUGGAAGAUUCUUGAAUCCUCUGAACGUGUCGGUGGUCGUAUCAAGACUGUUUACCUCAACGGUAGCUCCCCCGAGGACGGCCAGUACCAUGAACUCGGUCCGAUGCGAUUCCCAGUCGAGAUCACUGAUUCUGAGACAAACGAGACUUUUCCUAUCAUGGACCAGCGUAUGGUUUUCCAACUAGCUGAUGUUAUGAAUGAGCUGAACGCUGGAAAUGAGACGUUGCAAGUCAAAUUCUGGGAAUGGAUCCAGAGCUCUCCGAAUACACCUGCCGAUACUCCCUUCCGUCGCCCUGAUGGAACAAUUCCUGGCAAGAAGGAGGUAGCGAGUGACCCAGCGUACUACAAUCCGACAGUAUACCAUAAUGCCACGGCUGCUGAAGAGGCUAUUCAAGCACUUGACAACUUCAAGGGUCUAACUCCCGAGCGCAUUCGAAUGUACGCCACAAAUAUAUUCGCAGCUUAUAAGCAGGCGAAAGAAGAUGGCAUGUUCGACUACUCUGAGGUCUCUUAUCUUCGGCAUGUCAUGAAAACUGACCUCAACACCACUGAUGAGGUCACGCCAUCUCAAAACUAUUGGCCCAUGUGGGAGUAUGAGACGGUAUAUUUCCUCGCAAGCAAAUGGGUCACAAUCCAAGGCGGCCUUAGCCGGCUGCCCGCUGCAUUUGAGCCACAUAUCAAAGACAGGAUACAGUACGGUGCCAAAGUCAACGGCUUACACUAUAACAAGGACAACGAUACCCUUUCCGUGACAUGGAGGCCGACAGGAUCUGAGCCUUUCUCGACUCCCAACAAGGUCACCAACUUUGACUAUGUUCUCAAUAGUGUCCCACUCAACCUAAUGAAGUUCUGGAACAUGCCGCCUUACUCAAGUCUUCUGAAGCGAAGCAUUGAUAGGACUAUCUAUGCCAACGCCUGCAAGGUUGCAGUACAGUUCAAGACUCGGUUCUGGGAGCAUCUAGAGAGGCCUGUUCUGGGGGGCUGCACUCGCCUCUAUAGCCCACAGCUAGGCCAAGUCUGUUACCCAUCAUGGCAUCUUAACGCGACAGGUCCUGGCACCAUGCUGGCAUCUUACCUGUCCGACUACGAAGCUACCGUUGCCUGCGCCAUGUCCGAAGAGGAGCACAUGGCCUACAUCAAGAGAGCCUUUAGCGAGAUCCACGGCAGCGAAAUCGUCGAGGAAAACUGGACAGGGAACUAUGCCCGCCAUUGCUGGGAACAGGACGAGCACCACGCCGGCGCCUUCACGAUGCAGAUUUUCUCUCAGCAGCACCUGUAUUUACCUGCCUUCUACCGAACCGAGUUCAAGACGGUUUUUAUCGGGGAGGCUGCAACAUUCACUCAUACCUGGCUCUUUAGCGCUUUGGAGAGUGCUACCAGAGGCACAGUCCAGUUAUUGUUGGACAUGGGGCUUGUUGAUGAAGCCAAACAGAUUACGAAUACAUGGAUGGCGCGGUGGAUAGAUCUGUAA